AUGCAGACCUGGAGCAAGAUGUUGUCGUCCGGCCUUGUACUAUCGCAGCUAAUAGCAGGCGCGGUGGCAUCAUGCGGCCAAGGGUUCAUGCUUAUUAAAGCACAUUCGGAACCAGUGUGCCAUUCAUCUGUCGAAGAGUUUAGUUUCAGCAAGUCUACGACGCACGCCAAUGCGUUCAUGGAUUUGACGUCCUUCUUAGUUAUCAACGACUUGACCGGUGCUCCGAACGCUGGACUUAAUACAUACAACCAGCCAAACUGGCAAGGAACUACGUCCUUCAUACCCCAUGCGCUCCUCAACCCUGGAGAUUGCUGGACGACAAAAGGCCUGUUCAAAAGCUUCGAGAUACUAGGCCUAAGCAAGAAGAGAGACGAACUGCCGCCGGGCGCCCUGGAACUGAUAGGCGCUGCGGAAAACGACACAGCUUCUGGUAAUCAGACAGCCUGGAAGCGAGGGGAUCCCCCUAGAAAUUAUUACCUCCUCGACCUGGAGACGGGAGAAAUCACAAAACAGGUUCCACCAUUGGCCAGGCGAGAGGCAGUCCAGAGCCCAGUUGGUAGACGGUACACCCAGGGCCAAGUCACCCUCAGGCUGCUGAAUGAGGGCACAUCGGGUGGCCGGACUUUUGGUCUUUCUGAGGGUAAAGUUUAUACCCUGGCCAAGGACAUAUGCCAACAAUGGGAUGGAGAAGACGAAGCGGUUGCCACCACCCGGGAUGAUUAUGGAAACAACGUGGAAUUGUCUUGGGAGCCGACGGAGAACGCGAACCUGAACACUGUACCUUCUAACUUGUUGUAUUCGACGGCGUAUGAGUUUGCUUAUUACGAAGGGUCACGAUUAGGGCAGGGCCAAGCACUGAUUGAGGUUUGGAACAACGAGGCAACAGUGAGAUAUGGACAUCUUAUUUUGGAGAGAGCGUGA